AAAAAACAAGCAGGAAGAGGAGGUCUUUCGAAGGGUAAACAUCCGUUGUAGUGGACAGUAUAUGUGGUUUUGUUUUUCAACGCCGUAAGCUUGUGAUUUAAGAAAAAAUAGAAAAUCCCGAUAAAGAGGAGACGACAUGGCAACUACCAUCAGCACCCAGAGGGGACAGGUGUAUAUUGGGGAGCUUCCACAGGAUUUUCUGCGAAUCACUCCCACUCAGCAGCAGCAGCAGGUCCAGCUGGAUGCGCAGGCAGCCAGGCAGCUGCAGUACGGAGGCUCCAUAAGCACUGUAGGACGGCUUAGCAUUACAGUGGUCCAGGCCAAACUGGCUAAAAACUAUGGUAUGACCCGAAUGGAUCCAUACUGUAGGAUCAGACUGGGCUAUGCUGUCUAUGAGACACCAACUGCUCAUAAUGGAGCCAAAAACCCACGCUGGAACAAGGUGAUCCAGUGCACGGUGCCUCCUGGGGUUGACUCUUUCUACUUGGAGAUCUUUGAUGAGAGAGCAUUUUCUAUGGAUGACAGGAUAGCGUGGACACAUGUCACCAUCCCUGAAGGCCUGAGGGAGGGCAGAGUGGUGGAUGAGUGGUUCAGCCUGAGUGGACGGCAGGGUGACGACAAGGAGGGCAUGAUCAACCUGGUUAUGUCUUUUACUUCUUUACCAGCAGGAAUGAUGACUCAGCCUGUUGUCUUCAUGCCAUCUGUGUAUCAACAAGGAGUGGGAUACGUGCCCAUCACAGGUCAGUCAGUUAGUCAGUCAGGUAUCUAA